AUGCACCUUGGCCGGGCGAGGCGGGCCCCGCUCUGGGCCCUGGCCCUGGCCCUGGCUUGCUGCCAGCACGCAGGCCGGGCCCAGGAUGGCUCUCUGAAAUCCACCCACGCGCAGUCCCCCGGCCUCUCCUCCGCGCGGGGGCCCGGCGGUAAGUCCCGGCUCCAGUCCCCACCCCGUGUGCCUGCCAGGCCCCCAGCCUCCAACCUGCGUGGCCCGGGGGGCCCAGACGGCCGGUUGCCCCUGAGGAAUCAGAACCGGGGGGGGGCGGGGGAGGCCCCCCGGUGGCCCUGGGGAGUCCCUGCCUGGCUGUCCUUGGUCCCGCUCUGUGGGGCGUCUCUGCCGUCGAGGCCCAGGCUUCAGAGGGCGCUGCAGGCCUGCAGGGCGGGCUGGCUGGCCGGACCGGGCUCUCCGGCCGUGCGGACGGGCUCCUGUCCCUCCGCGUUUCAGCCAUGGGCUCGACGUCGGCGUCGACGGUGGGGCUGGAUAUGGCCGAGCGGGGGUCUUGUAGGGUUUGGGGGCACACCGGCAUUUCCCAGCGUGCCUUUCAGCUGUCAGCAGCUGGCCUCUGGGCUGAAAUCGGCCUCAGGCCCCCACCCGUCUGACACACGUGAGACCCUGCAGGGCCCCUGCUUCCCUCUGCACUUGCACCCCCUGUACCAACAGAAGGCUCUGGACUCCUCGGGACCUCGAGGGCCAGAAGCCCAGGGCUUCUUCGCGCGGAGCUGCGGGGGGGGGGGGGAGGAGGUGCGGGGGUCGGCCCGGGGGCCGCGCGGAGCCCUCCCUGCCCGCGCCGGGCGCCGGUGGCAGCUGCAGUCAGAGGCCGUGGCUCACGGCCCCCCUCCUGCCUCCGCAGGUGACCGGCUCCGAGGGGUGACGCUCCUCCCGCCGCUGCGGCCCGUCCCGGUGGUGCAGGCCCCGAACCCCGCCCACAACGGGCGCGUGUGCAGCACCUGGGGCGACUUCCACUACAAGACCUUCGACGGCCGCGUCUUCCGCUUCCCCGGCCUCUGCAACUACGUGUUCUCCGCGCACUGCGGCGCCGCCUACGAGGACUUCAACGUCCAGCUGCGCCGCGGCCCGGCCUCCCACGCCGCCUCGCCGCCGAGGGUCACCAUGAAGCUCGACGGCCUGGUCGUCGAGCUGACCAAGAGCUCUGUCCUGGUCAAUGGCCGUCCCGUCCAGCUGCCCUUCAGCCAGUCCGGGGUUCUGAUUGGGCUCAGCAGUGGAUCCCUGAAGGUGGUGGCCAGGCUGGGCCUGGUCUUCGUGUGGAAUGAGGAUGACAGCCUCCUGCUGGAGCUGGACACCAAGUAUGCUAACAAGACCUGCGGGCUCUGCGGGGAUUUCAACGGCAGCCCCCUGUUCAGCGAGUUCGUCGUCCACAACGUCAGGCUGACCCCCCUCGAGUUUGGGAACCUGCAGAAGAUGGAUGGCCCCACGGAGCAGUGCCAAGACCCCGUCCCUGAGCCGCAGAAGAACUGCUCCAGCAGCCUCGGCCUCUGCAAUGAGAUCUUGAGAGGCCAGCUGUUCUCAGGCUGCGCGGCCCUGGUGGACGUCAGCAGCUACGUGGAGGCCUGCCAGCAGGACGUCUGCCUAUGUGACCACACCCGCCUCCCCGCCUGCGUCUGCCACACGCUGGCCGAGUACUCCAGGCAGUGCGCCCAUGCCGGAGGGCAGCCUCAGGAGUGGCGGAGCCCUGACCUCUGCCCCCAGACGUGCCCCUUCAACAUGCAGCACCAGGAGUGUGGCUCGCCCUGCGUGGACACCUGCUCCAACCCCCAGCACUCCCAGACCUGCGAGGACCACUGCGUCUCUGGGUGUUUCUGCCCCAAGGGGAUGGUGCUUGAUGACAUUGGCCAGACUGGCUGUGUCCCUGUGUCCCAGUGCUCCUGCCUGUACAACGCCACUUCUUACGCACCAGGAGCAAACUACUCUACAGACUGCACCACUACCUGCUCUGGAGGCCAAUGGAGCUGCGUAGAGGCCCCCUGCCCAGGCACCUGCUCAGUGCUGGGAGGCUCCCACUUCUCCACGUUUGAUGAGAGGCAGUACACGGUGCAUGGAGACUGCAGCUAUGUGCUGACCAAGCCCUGCAACAGUGGCGCCUUCACUGUACUGGCUGAGCUGCGCAGGUGCGGGCUGACUGACAGUGAGACCUGCCUGAGGAGCGUGACACUGAGCUUGGGCGAGAGGCAGAUGGUUGUCGUGAUAAAGGCCAGUGGAGAGGUCUUUGUGAAUCAGAUCUACACCCAGCUGCCAGUGUCUGCAGCCAACGUCACCCUCUUCAGACCUUCAACCUUCUUCAUCAUUGCUCAGACCACCCUGGGACUGCAGCUGGAUGUCCAGCUGGUGCCCACCAUGCAGGUGUUUGUGCGGCUGGCACCUGAGCUCAGGGGACUGACCUGUGGUCUCUGCGGGAACUUCAACAGCAUCCAGGCUGAUGACUUCCGGACCAUCAGUGGAGUGGUAGAGGGCACUGCUGCUGCCUUCUUCAACACUUUCAAGACCCAGGCUGCCUGCCCCAAUGUUAGGAACAUCUUUGAGGACCCCUGCUCACUUAGUGUGGAGAACGAGAAGUAUGCCCAGUACUGGUGCUCACAGCUGACAAACUCCAAUGGCCCUUUUUCCCAGUGCCACGCCACCGUGAACCCUGCCACCUACUACUCGAACUGCAUGUUCGACACGUGCAACUGUGAGAAGAGCGAGGACUGCAUGUGCGCAGCCCUGUCCUCCUACGUGCGUGCCUGUGCUGCCCGGGGUGUGCUACUCAGCAGCUGGCGGGAUGACGUCUGCACAAAACCCACCACCACCUGCCCAAAGUCAAUGAGCUACCAUUAUCACAUCAGCACCUGCCAGCCCACCUGCCGCUCCCUGAGCGAGGAGGAUGUCACUUGUCAGGUCAGCUUUGUCCCCGUGGAUGGCUGUGCCUGCCCUGAGGGCACCUUCCUGGAUGACUUGGGCAAGUGUGUGCAGGCCGCUAGCUGCCCCUGCUACCACAGAGGCUCCAUGGUCCCCAACGGCGAGUCUGUGCAUGACAACGGAGCUGUCUGCACCUGCACAAAGGGGUCCCUGACAUGCAUCGGAGGCCCUGCUCCCACCUCAGUGUGCAAAGCACCCAUGGUCUACUUUGACUGCCGAAACGCCACACCUGGGACCACUGGGGCUGGAUGCCAGAAAAGCUGCCACACUCUGGACAUGGCCUGUUACAGCCCUCAGUGCGUGCCUGGCUGCGUGUGCCCUGAUGGGCUGGUGGCAGAUGGCGACGGUGGCUGUGUGGCCGUGGAGGACUGUCCCUGUGUGCACAAUGAGGCCAUGUACAGACGCGGGGAGACGAUCCAGGCGGGCUGUAACACCUGCACCUGUGAGAACCGGAAGUGGCAAUGUACAGAUGAACCCUGUCUGGCCACCUGUUCUGUUUAUGGGGAUGGCCACUACCUCACCUUUGAUGGGCAGCGCUACAGUUUCAGUGGCGAGUGCGAGUAUAUACUGGUGCAGGACCACUGCAGCGGGAACACCAGUGCCCAGGGUACCUUCCGCGUGGUCACUGAGAACGUCCCCUGCGGUACCACAGGGACCACCUGCUCCAAGUCCAUCAAGAUCUUCCUUGGGCACCACGAGCUGAAGCUGAGUGACGGUAAGGUGCAGGUGGUUCAGAAGGAUGAGGAGCAGUUGGCGCCCUACUCCAUCCGCCCGGUGGGCAUCUACCUGGUGGUGGAGACCGACGUUGGCCUGGUGCUACUGUGGGACAGAAGGACCAGCAUCUUCGUCAGGCUGGAUCCCGAGUUCAAGGGCCGGGUCUGCGGCCUGUGCGGGAACUUUGACGCCAACGCCAUCAACGACUUCACCACGCGGAGCCGGUCCGUGGUGGGGGACGCUCUGGAGUUCGGCAACAGCUGGAAGUUCUCCCCGUCCUGCCCGGACGCCCUGGUACCCAAGGACCCCUGCACUGCCAACCCUUACCGCAAGUCCUGGGCCCAGAAGCAGUGCAGCAUCAUCAACGGCGAGACCUUCGCGGCCUGCCACCCCCAGGUGGAACCCACCAAGUACUACGAGGCCUGCGUGAGCGACGCCUGCGCGUGCGACGCGGGGGGCGACUGCGAGUGUUUCUGCACCGCCGUGGCGGCCUACGCCCAGGCCUGCCACGACGCGGGCGCGUGCGUGUCCUGGAGGACGCCCGACGUCUGCCCCCUCUUCUGCGACUACUACAAUGCAGGGGGCCAGUGCACGUGGCACUACCACCCCUGCGGGGCCCCCUGCACGCGCACCUGCCGGAACCCCAGCGGCCAGUGCCCGAGCGACCUGCGUGGCCUCGAAGGCUGUUACCCCCAGUGCCCCCCGGACGCCCCCAUCUUUGACGAGGACGAGAUGCGGUGUGUGACCGCAUGCCCCCCGCCGCCGCCCCUGCCGCCCACCUGCCGUGUCCACGGGACCGCGUACCGGCCGGGCGCCGCGGUGCCCUCCGACCAGAACUGUCACUCCUGCGCCUGCACGGAGAGCGGUGUUCGCUGUGUCUACGACCCCCAGGCCUGCGUCUGCACCUACGGCGGGAGCCGCUUCCCCCCAGGGGCCGUGGUCUACCACACCGCGGACGGCGCGGGCGGCUGCAUCGCCGCCUACUGCGGGGCCAACGGCACCAUCGACAGGAAGAUCUACGCGUGCGGCCCCACCGCCCCCGGGCCCACGACCACCUUCUCCUUCUCCACCGCCCCGCCCGCCACGUCUCCUUCUUUGCCCGCAGCCGUGAGCUCAAAGCAAACCCCGAGCCCGGGGCCCGGCCCGGCCCAGAGCACAGCGCCCACGGAGCUCACGAGCAGCACCGGGAUCACAGCCCCCGGCUCCUCCUCCCGGGAGACGCGCGGCCCCGCCCCUGUCCCGACCAGCCCGGGCUGCCGGGACCAGUGCCUGUGGUCCCCCUGGCUGGACGUCAGCCGCCCCGGGCGGGGACUCGACAGCGGUGACUUUGAGACGCUGGAAAACCUCCGGGCCCACGGGUUCCGGGUCUGCUCCGAGCCCAGGGCCGUGCAGUGCCGGGCGGAGGGCGCCCCCGCGGGGCCGGCCGGCGCCCUGGGGCAGCGCGUGGAGUGCAGCCCCGCCGUGGGCCUCAGCUGCCGCAACAGGGACCAGGAGUCCGGGCUCUGCCUCAACUACCAGGUGAGGAUCUUGUGCUGCAGCCCGGUGCCCUGCUCCAGCACGGCCGGAGACGGAAGCACAGCCCCUGCGGCCGCGUCCACCACGGCCGGCCCGGCCACGGCCUCCACAGCGAGCCCACCGGGGCCAGGACGUUCUGCGUUUGCCCCAGGCACCCCUACGCCUGGCCCAGGCACCCCGACCCCUGCCCAAACAUCUGCCGCCACCACCAGCACAACGCAAGUGUCCACCACUUCAGCACGGCCGACCGCGGCCACCUUGGCCACAGGAGCCACGGCGGACACCCACAGCGGGACCGCCCCCCCAGACCCCUGCCGGCAGGAGCUGUGCACGUGGACAGAAUGGAUGGACGGCAGCUACCCCACGCCUGACAGAAACAGUGGCGACUUCGACACCUUUGAGAACCUGCGGCUGCAAGGCUUCCGGUUCUGUGAGCGCCCCCGGCGCGUGGAGUGCAGGGCUCAGUUUUUCCCGAACACGCCACUGGCAGAGCUGGGCCAGAACGUGACCUGCAGCCCCGAGCUGGGCCUCGUCUGCCUGAACAAAGACCAGCUCCCGCCCAUCUGCUACGACUACGAGAUCCGUCUGCAGUGCUGCCAGACCGUGGACCUGUGCGCUCCCGGCACGCCCGCCGCCACGCCGGCCGCACCCCGGGAAACCAGCCCCCAGACGCGGGGCCCCGGCCGGACUGCCAGCAGACACCCGCCCUCGACAGAGCACACCACCGUGCGCUCGGCCCCCGGGCACAGAGCAAGUGACCCCACCGGAACAACUCAAACCAGCACCACACCCGCGACCACAAGCUGCCAGCCACAGUGCCACUGGACCAAGUGGUUCAACGUGGGCUCCCCGAGCCCCGGGCCACGCGGAGGGGACAGGGAGACCUACCGCGACAUCCUCGGGGCGGGAGAGCGGAUCUGCGGCCGCCCCGAGGAGAUCACGCAGCUGCAGUGCCGGGCUGAGAGCCACCCCGACGCGAGUCUGGAGAGCCUGGGCCAGCGGGUGCGGUGCGACCCCGACGUGGGCCUGCUGUGCCGGAACCAGGACCAGCGGGGCGCCCCGGGGCUGUGCCUGGACUACGAGGUGCGCGUGCUGUGCUGCCGCGCGCCCGAAGGCUGUCCUACCGGUGCCCCUGCCACUCCACCCGGACACGCCACUGAGAGCCUCACCCCUGCACACGCAGCCAGCUCCUCCUCGGUGCUCCAGACCAGCUCCUCCUCGGUGCUCCAGACCAGCUCCACCUCAGUGCUCCAGACCAGCCCCACCUCUGCACACACAGCCAGCUCCUCCCCUGCACACACAACCAGCUCCACCUCAGUGCUCCAGACCAGCUCCACCUCAGUGCUCCAGACCAGCUCCACCUCUGCACACGCAGCCAGCUCCUCCUCGGUGCUCCAGACCAGCUCCUCCCCUGCACACACAGUCAGCUCCUACCCCAGACCCCAGACCAGCUCCACCUCUGCACACACAGCCAGCUCCUCUUCUGUGCUCCAGACCAGCUCCUCCUCUGCACACGCAACAAGCUCCUCCCCUGCACACACAGCCAGCUCCACCUCUGCACACACAGCCAGCUCCUCUUCUGUGCUCCAGACCAGCUCCACCUCUGCACACACAGCCAGUUCCACCUCUGCACACACAGCCAGCUCCACCUCUGCACACACAGCCAGCUCCUCCUCUAGACCCCACACCAGCUCCUCCCCUGCACACACAGGCAGCUCCUCCUCUGCACACACAGUCAGUUCCUCCCCUGCACAUACAGUCAGCUCCUACCCCAGACCCCAGACCAGCUCCACCUCAGUGCUCCAGACCAGCUCCACCUCAGUGCUCCAGACCAGCUCCACCUCUGCACACGCAGCCAGCUCCUCCCCCAGACUCCAGACCAGCUCGUCUUCUGUGCUCCAGACCAGCUCCUCCCCUGCACACACAGUCAGCUCCUCCUCUAGACCCCACACCAGCUCCACCUCUGCACACACAGCCAGCUCCACCUCUGCACACACAGACAGCUCCUCCUCCAGACCCCAGACCAGCUCCUCCUCUGUGCUCCAGACCAGCUCCUCCCCUGCACACACAGGCAGCUCCUCCCCUGCACACACAGUCAGCUCCUCCCCUGCACACACAGUCAGCUCCUCCCCUGCACACACAGUCAGCUCCUCCCCUGCACACACAGUCAGCUCCUACCCCAGACCCCAGACCAGCUCCACCUCAGUGCUCCAGACCAGCUCCACCUCUGCACACACAGUCAGCUCCACCUCUGCACACACAGCCAGCUCCUCCUCGGUGCUCCAGACCAGCUCCUCCUCUGUGCUCCAGACCAGCUCCUCCCCUGCACACACAGGCAGCUCCUCCCCUGCACCCACCUUGGCCACAGGAGCCACGGUGGACACCCACAGCGGGACCGCCCCCCCAGACCCCUGCCGGCAGGAGCUGUGCACGUGGACAGAAUGGAUGGACGGCAGCUACCCCACGCCUGACAGAAACAGUGGCGACUUUGACACCUUUGAGAACCUGCGGCUGCAAGGCUUCCGGUUCUGUGAGCGCCCCAGGCGCGUGGAGUGCAGGGCUCAGUUUUUCCCGAACACGCCACUGGCAGAGCUGGGCCAGAACGUGACCUGCAGCCCCGAGCUGGGCCUCGUCUGCCUGAACAAAGACCAGCUCCCGCCCAUCUGCUACGACUACGAGAUCCGUCUGCAGUGCUGCCAGACCGUGGACCUGUGCGCUCCCGGCACGCCCGCCGCCACGCCCGCCGCACCCCGGGAAACCAGCCCCCAGACGCGGGGCCCCGGCCGGACUGCCAGCAGACACCCGCCCUCGACAGAGCACACCACCGUGCGCUCGGCCCCCGUGCACAGAGCAAGUGACCCCACCGGAACAACUCAAACCAGCACCACACCCGCGACCACAAGCUGCCAGCCACAGUGCCACUGGACCAAGUGGUUCAACGUGGGCUCCCCGAGCCCCGGGCCACGCGGAGGGGACAGGGAGACCUACCGCGACAUCCUCGGGGCGGGAGAGCGGAUCUGCGGCCGCCCCGAGGAGAUCACGCAGCUGCAGUGCCGGGCUGAGAGCCACCCCGACGCGAGUCUGGAGAGCCUGGGCCAGCGGGUGCGGUGCGACCCCGACGUGGGCCUGCUGUGCCGGAACCAGGACCAGCGGGGCGCCCCGGGGCUGUGCCUGGACUACGAGGUGCGCGUGCUGUGCUGCCGCGCGCCCGAAGGCUGUCCUACCGGUGCCCCUGCCACUCCACCCGGACACGCCACUGAGAGCCUCACCCCUGCACACGCAGCCAGCUCCUCCUCGGUGCUCCAGACCAGCUCCUCCUCGGUGCUCCAGACUAGCUCCUCCUCAGUGCUCCAGACCAGCUCCACCUCUGCACACGCAGCCAGCUCCUCCUCGGUGCUCCAGACCAGCUCCUCCUCGGUGCUCCAGACCAGCUCCUCCCCUGCACACGCAGCCAGCUCCUCCUCAGUGCUCCAGACCAGCUCCACCUCUGCACACACAGUCAGCUCCACCUCUGCACACGCAGCCAGCUCCGCCUCGGUGCUCCAGACCAGCUCCACCUCUGCACACACAGUCAGCUCCUCCCCUGCACACACAGUCAGCUCCUCCCCUGCACACACAGUCAGCUCCUCCCCUGCACACACAGUCAGCUCCUCCCCUGCACACACAACCAGCUCCACCUCUGCACACACAGUCAGCUCCUCCUCCAGACCCCAGACCAGCUCCACCUCUGCACACGCAGCCAGCUCCUCCUCUAGACCCCACACCAGCUCCUCCCCUGCACACACAACCAGCUCCACCUCAGCCAGCUCCUCCCCUGCACACACGGCCAGCUCCUCCUCGGUGCUCCAGACCAGCUCCUCCCCUGCACACACAGUCAGCUCCUCCCCUGCACACACAGUCAGCUCCUACCCCAGACCCCAGACCAGCUCCACCUCUGCACACGCAGCCAGCUCCACCUCUGCACACACAGCCAGCUCCUCCUCAGUGCUCCAGACCAGCUCCACCUCUGCACACACAGUCAGCUCCACCUCUGCACACGCAGCCAGCUCCUCCUCUAGACCCCACACCAGCUCCUCCCCUGCACACACAGGCAGCUCCUCCUCUGCACACACUACCAGCUCCACCUCCUCUCAAAAGCACAGCACCCAUUCUGCAUCAACAACCAGCACAAGGCCCGUGUCUACACCUCAAACAAGCCAGUCCUCAGCCGUGUUCCCUGAGUGCCAGCCACAGUGCCACUGGACCAAGUGGUUCAACGUGGGCUCCCCGAGCCCCGGGCCACGCGGAGGGGACAGGGAGACCUACCGCGACAUCCUCGGGGCGGGAGAGCGGAUCUGCGGCCGCCCCGAGGAGAUCACGCAGCUGCAGUGCCGGGCUGAGAGCCACCCCGACGCGAGUCUGGAGAGCCUGGGCCAGCGGGUGCGGUGCGACCCCGACGUGGGCCUGCUGUGCCGGAACCAGGACCAGCGGGGCGCCCCGGGGCUGUGCCUGGACUACGAGGUGCGCGUGCUGUGCUGCCGCGCGCCCGAAGGCUGUGGGGUGACCUCGGCCGCGCCCGGCGUGACCCUCACGGCCACGCCCCCGUCCCCGACGCUGUCCCACUCGGCCCCCUCCACCCCGUGGACGCCCAGCUCCCUGUCAGUCUCCACUCCCACCUGCUUCUGCAACGUGUACGGCCGGCUCUACGCUGCCGGGUCCACCAUCUACCUCCAGAGAGACCUUGAUGGCCACUGUUACCAUGCCACCUGCAGCCGGGACUGCCACGUCCUCCGAGGCGUGGACCAGGACUGCCCCUCUACCACUCAGCCCCCCACGCCGACUCCGCCCCCCUCCCCGUCAACCCCCUCUCCGUUGCCCACUUCUCCUUCUACCUCCCCGCCUGUCCCCUGGUGCCAAAACGUGAUUCCCCCAAGAAAGAAAGGGGAGACGUGGGCCAUGGCCAACUGCACCCAGGCCACCUGCGAGGAGGACCACGCCGUCUCCCUGAGCCCACGCAAGUGCCCAGAGGUAGCAGCGCCUGCAUGUGCCAACGGCUACCCAGCCUUGAAGGUGGAUGACGAGGAGGGCUGUUGCCAGCACUACCAGUGCCAGUGCGUGUGCAGCGGCUGGGGAGACCCCCAUUACAUCACGUUCGACGGGACCUACUACACCUUCCUGGACAACUGCACCUACGUGCUGCUGCAGCAGAUCGUGCCCGUGUUCGGCCACCUGCGGGUGCUGGUCGACAACGACUUCUGCGACACGAAGGACCAGGUCUCCUGCCCGCAGUCCAUCGUCGUCGAGUACCACCGGGACCGCGUGGUGCUCACUCGCAGGCUGGUUGGGGGGGUCAUGACCAACCAGAUCCUGUUCAACAACGAGGUGGUCAGCCCUGGAUUCCAGAAGAACGGCCUUGCCGUCUCUCGCGUGGGCAUCAAGAUGUAUGUGACCAUCCCGGAGAUCGGCGUCCAGGUCAUGUUCUCCGGCCUCAUCUUCUCCGUGGAGGUGCCGUUCCGCACGUUCGCCAACAACACCGAGGGCCAGUGUGGCACCUGCACCAACGACCCGAAGGACGAGUGUCGCCUGCCCGGGGGGGCGGUGGCCAGCUCCUGCUCCCAGAUGGCUGGCCACUGGAGGGUGGACGGCCCUGGCCAGCCCUUCUGCUCUGGGCCUCCGCCCUCACCCAAAUCAGCGGUGCCGACCACCCCACCGGCCUGGUGCCCGCCAUCGCUGAUCUGCCAGCUUAUCCUGGGCGAGGUCUUCCGGCCCUGCCACGCCGUGAUCCCCCCGGAGCCCUUCUACGAAGGCUGCGUCUUUGACUCCUGCCACCUGACGAACACAGAGGUGCAGUGCUCCAGCUUGGAGCUGUACGCGUCCCUCUGCGCCUCCUCCGGCGUGUGCAUCGACUGGAGGAGCCGGACCAACAACUCAUGCGUGUUCUCCUGCCCUGCCGACAAGGUGUACCAGCCCUGCGGGCCAUCCAACACCCGCUACUGCUACGGAAAUGACAGUUCCAGCAUGGCCCUCCCGGAGGCUGGCCCCUUCACCGAAGGCUGCUUCUGUCCUGACAGCAUGGUGCUUUUUAGCAACGAUGUCCCUGUCUGUGUGCCCUCCGAGUGCCCGGUGUGCCUAGGGCCCCACGGAGAGCCGGUGGAGCCCGGCCACACGGUCAGUGCCGACUGCCAGGAGUGCACCUGCCAGGGGGAGCCGCCGGCCCUGGCCUGCCGCCCGAAGCCCUGCCCCCCGCCCCCCGCGUGCCGCCGGCCGGGCUUCGUGCCCGUGCCCGCCGCUCUGGAGGCCGGCCAGUGCUGCCCCGAAUUCAGCUGCGCCUGCAACUCCAGUUACUGCCCCGAGCCCCUGCGCUGCCCCGAGGGCUCCGUCCGGGUCGUGACCUACGAGGAGGGCGCCUGCUGCCCCAGCCAAAACUGCAGUGAGUGCUGGCGAGCGUGCAGCGUCAAUGGGACCCUCUACCAGCCCGGCACGGUGGUGCGCUCCAGCCUCUGUGAGACCUGCAGGUGCGAGGCGCCCCGCGGGUCCCCGGUGGACACCCCGGUGCUCAGCUGCGAGACGGAGACCUGCUACACCCACUGCCCCCUGGGCUUCGAGUACCAGGCCCGCGGCGGGCGGUGCUGCGGGCGGUGCGUGCAGAGGUUCUGCGUGGUGAACGCCAGCAGCGACGACGCCCGCCUCUUCCGGGCCGGCGAGACCUGGGCCGAGCCCGGCCGCCCCUGCGUGACUCACGGCUGCGAGCGGACGGGGGACCGGCUGCAGGUGGUGACCACGGUGCGGUGCUCGCUCAACUGCUCUCAGGACAAAGACAACCGCACCUGCCCCCCACCGGUGAACAAUGGCUCGAUCUGUGCCGUGCGCCACAGGGAGGAGCUCAUCCAGAGGGACGGCUGCAGGGGCUCCGUGCGCGCCUCCUUCUGCCAGGGGGACUGCGGGGAAUCCACGUCCAUGUACUCCCUGGAGGCCAACGCGGUGGAGCACAGGUGCCGGUGCUGCCAGGAACUUCGGACCUCCCAGAGCAACGUGACCUUGCACUGCCCCGACGGCUCCCGCCGCGUCUUCCGCUACACCCAGGUGCACGAGUGCGGCUGCCUCCGCCAGCGGUGCCGAGGCCCGGGCGACACCAGCCAUUCGGGGCUGUCGGAGCACUCGGAGGCUGGGUUCAAGACCGCGGAGAGCCAGGAGCCGUAGGCGGGGCCAGACUGGCUCAGUGCAGGAGAUUUGGGUGUCCGUCUGCCACCCCCGGGGUGCCAGCUUCCUGUUGUCACACACAGAGUCCUGCUCUUCCCCACCACCUGCUAGGACCUGGGGUGGGGAGGCCA